GGUGGCCUGGGGGCAGGCGUGCUGUGGUCCAAGCCUUGCCUUUCCAAGCUCUGCGCCCAGCCACCCCCGGCCCCCGGCCCGGUGGCCCAGGCACCGGUCCCUGGGGUGAGGGGCUGGCCGGGCUCCGUGCUUUUGCAGAGUCUUGUAGCCUCACGUGAGGGAAGCAGCACCCCCUGUGGCACUGGAGACACAGCCCAAGUGCCAGAGGGAAGGAAGCCCCGUCUCUCAUGGGGAUGCCUGAGCCCGGCUCCGGCCGCUGGGCUCUGCAGGCAGUCGGAAGCUGGAGCUGCUGCGGCGCAGGACCGAAGAGGUUAACGCGCAUCUGCCUCCGAAUGUUAAUGUGUCUAGGUGAUGUCAGUGGGAGCCGGGGAAGGAGUGAGGGGAGAGCGGUGGGCAGCGGAGGCAGCGGAGGCUGCCGGGCUGCCUAGGAAGACCCCCCUCCAGACGGCGGGGCUCCGGGGGGCCGGGGCUCGGGACGCAGCGGUCGGCGCGGGAGGCUGCCGCAGCCUGCGUGGGCCGACGGGCGAGCGGCCGCCGGCGCCGGCGGGAUGGACCUGGAAGUCUCGCUGCUGCCCACCGGCCCCAAUGCCAGCAACACCUCGGAUGGCCCGGAUAACCUCACCACGGCCGGGCUGCCGCCUCGCACAGGGAGCGUCUCUUACACCAACAUCAUCAUGCCUUCGGUGUUCGGUGCCAUCUGCCUCCUGGGCAUCGUUGGGAACUCCGUGGUCAUCUUCGCAGUGGUGAAGAAAUCCAAGCUGCCCUGGUUCAGCAACGUCCCCGACAUCUUCAUCAUCAACCUCUCGGUGGUGGACCUCCUCUUUCUCCUGGGCAUGCCCUUCAUGAUCCACCAGCUCAUGGGCAAUGGUGUCUGGCACUUUGGAGAGACCAUGUGCACCCUCAUCACAGCCAUGGACGCCAACAGUCAGUUCACCAGCACCUACAUCCUGACCGCCAUGGCCAUUGACCGCUACCUGGCCACCGUCCACCCCAUCUCCUCCACCAAGUUCCGGAAGCCCUCUGUGGCCACCCUGGUGAUCUGCCUCCUGUGGGCCCUGUCCUUCAUCAGCAUCACCCCCGUGUGGCUCUAUGCUAGGCUUAUCCCCUUCCCCGGAGGCACCGUGGGCUGUGGCAUCCGCCUGCCCAACCCAGACACUGACCUCUACUGGUUCACCCUGUACCAGUUUUUCCUGGCCUUUGCCCUGCCCUUCGUGGUCAUCACGGCCGCGUAUGUGAGGAUCCUGCAGCGCAUGACAUCCUCCGUGGCCCCCGCCUCUCAACGCAGCAUCCGGCUGCGGACAAAGAGGGUGACCCGCACGGCCAUCGCUAUCUGCCUGGUUUUCUUUGUGUGCUGGGCGCCCUACUAUGUGCUUCAGCUGACCCAGCUGUCCAUCAGCCGCCCAACGCUCACCUUUGUCUACCUGUACAACGUGGCCAUCAGCUUGGGCUAUGCCAACAGCUGCCUCAACCCCUUUGUGUACAUCGUGCUCUGUGAGACGUUCCGAAAACGCUUGGUCCUAUCGGUGAAGCCUGCGGCCCAGGGGCAGCUUCGAGCCAUCAGCAAUGCCCAGACGGCUGAUGAAGAGAGGACAGAAAGCAAGGGCACCUGACACUUCCCCUGCCACCCUGGGUACUUCCACGUCAGGGCACCACGGCAGACCAUGGGGGAAGAUGCUGAGAGAAACCAAAGACCGCUCUGGGAGGAUGCAGGGAGGCUGGGUGGUUACAACUAAAAACAUUCAACAGGGCCCACAGAUUGCUCAACGGAGCCAGGUUUGGGGGCUUCAAGCAUCAGAAAUCUCCUUCGUAGAACAAGAUGGACUUUCGGGUUGAACAGAAACUGAGCAAGAAGAUUGGUUUAAAGGUUCAGCUGAGCCCUACGUCUACCAGCUCCCAAAUGUCUUUUUCCAGAGAGAAGACGUAGAAGGCUUCUUGCCGGGUUUAUUUAAAAUCAGGCAGGGCCAGGGCGUGAGCAGGGGUAUGGGCACAGGCCCCUGGGGAAAUGGGAAAGGUGGUGCGGCCUCACCGCCUCUUCCUGUCUCUCAUUGGUAUGAUGGAGGGCAACCUUUCUCCCAAGCUGGAGGAUGAUGAAAAAUAAAGCGUGUGGUCUCUCCAUGUUCCAGCAUCCUGUGUCAAUUUCCCUUUAUCUCUAGGCGAUGCAUGUUUAUUUGGGGGUGGGGGUGGGGUCUGAGCCCACGGAGGUAAAAGCCCAAUUUGCUAGGAGAUCCACUUAUUGGGAAUGACAA